CGCUGGAAAAUAUUAUUUCGGUGUCGGGAGGCGCGAAGAGUUGACCAACGCUGCUUGCCUUCUCUUUUCUUUUCGGACGUAACACGUUCCGCGCUCUUGGUUUUCUCGCUUUUCUUAUUGCACCUGUACUUAAUAUACGUCUAUAAAUGCACUCGGUCUGACAGUUUCUUGUGUUUGUGUUUCUUAAUAUGUUCUUUAAGCUACAACUAACCCAUCCUUCGGAAUGAUGUCGGCAUGAAAACAACUUUUAUCCUCCUUUUCCUCCUAUUCGCAGUAGCUGAUUCAAAAAAUCAAACACGCCCUCAUGACGACUGUAAAAUUCGAAUUUUAUCAAAUAACGUACCUGCGACCGGACUGAACUACAAUGUGUCUAAACUAAUCAAAGAAAUCGGAGAUGAUCUCUUAAAGAAUCCCCAUGGCAUGAAUUUUUCAUUGACAUCGAGGAAACUUUUAGCGAGUCGAGCAGAUGUUUUCGGAGUUAUUUUGAGGAAAACGAACGACGCGAGCGUAUUAGCGUUAAAUAUAAAUUCCAGAUUGAGGAUCUUCCCUAACAGGACGGCGGAAACGGACGUUUUUUGGAGAACUUUCGAUUCGACCGACGGAUGGGGAAAACCGUUUAAGGAUUGCGAUUAUUUUAGUUAUAGCUGGUUUUACGUCUAUGCCCAUCGGCUGUCGGAUUUGAAAAUUGGACUGUUUAUAAAACUGGACCUCGACCAGUGUGACGAUAGGUUAAAAGAGAUUUUUGGUGGAGGGCAUAAGUGCGGAGAAUCGCUAAAGUGUAUCAAUGAAUAUGACGGCAAAGGGGAUGAAAGGAGAGGCCGGUAUAGAUGCGUGUGUCAGCGCGGAUUUUUUUAUCCUGGUGCCAACUUGAUGUGGAUGGGAAUAAGCGGGGAGGAUCUUGAGAGCGGCAAAAUCAAUAACACAAGAUGUGAGCCCUGUCCGAUUCGUUGUCCCGAAGGAUGCAGCAUAACCGGAAAUUGUAUCGCUCAAGGUGACGCCUAUUUAAGAACGUGCAUCGUUGUGGUACAAUUGGUUAGUAUGGGAAUUGUACUUAUUUUAGCCCUUGUUGUUUUUAAGCAACGGAAAACAAAGGCUAUAGCGACUGGUAUGUGGACCAUUUUAGAAAUAAUAUUACUAGGAUUUUUAAUCUUGUACAGCACCGUGAUUAUAAGAAGUCUAGAACCAUCAAUAGAACGUUGUCUGCUAGAGCCCUGGAUAAGAGAGAUUGGAUUCAUUAUUUGUUAUGGCGCGAUCGUUUUAAAACUCUAUCGACAUCUCAUUGAAUUUCGAACGAGAAAGGCUCACAGAUGGGUAGUAAAAGAUACCGACCUACUCAAAUACUUGCUCAUAAUGAUAUUAUCUGGAUUGGCGUAUAUGGCGGCUUUCACCGCGCUCACCCUGAAUUUCGUCAGCGAGAAUUACUCUUUGCUCUUCCUGGGAACUACAUUUUCCGGGGAACAGUAUGAGGGGUGUAAGUAUCUGUGGUGGGACUAUGUCACGGAGGUUGGAGAAAUUGCGAUUUUGGUGUUUGGGAUUCAUUUGGCUUACGCAAGUAGGAACGCCAGGACACAGUUUCAUGAGAGAAACUAUCUCUGCGCCGCAAGCAGCUUAGAAUUGGCCCUCUGCAUCAUUUUCUAUUCGGCCAGGAUCCUAAUAUUCGAUAAACUCCAUCCAGACAUAGUCCUGCUAAUCUACUGUAUCCGCAGUCAAGUUUCGCAAACCGUUUCCCUGCUCCUAAUAUUCCUGCCGAAAUUCUGGUAUCAGCAGAAGCAAGUUCGCACUCUCGCCCAGGAGUAUUCGUGCAGAUACCCGCUGGACGCUUUUAAAGAUCCCCCGUCUCAACGGAGUUGCGCUUCGGGAAACAACAGCGACGUCGAGAUUAGCGAGAUUAGCAUAGCGGAUAUGAAUCCGGAUGACAUUAGGGCCGAACUAAAACGUCUUUAUUUGCAAUUAGAAAUGUUUAAGUCUAAAACUAUUUGUAGAGAUAACCCACACAUAUCCAAAAGGCGAGGUGGUAGAAAGGCACAACAUAGAAAGUUCAGUUUACAGAAGAAGGGGAGUAAGGAGAAGAGUCUGCAGACAAAGCAGAGAGAAAAAGACAAGAAACGAGAUAUGGAUACAGAGAUCACUGAAGCUGAAGUAUCAAGGACACCGGAAGAUUCGAUUUGUAGCAUUGAAGGUCCCAGUGCUGUUUAUUCUGAGCUGCCAGCAACCAAUCAGAUAUAGGAUCCAAUUUUAUUAUUAUUUGUAAAGAUACCAAAAAUAGAGAAUGUUAAUUUAUG